AUGGGCGAUAUCCGGGUUUCAAUCGAUAGGGGCGGCACGUUCUGUGACGUUAUCGCUACUACAGGCGCAGAUGGAGACAAACCAUUCAUUUUCAAGUUGUUAUCAGAAGACCCCUCCAAUUACCCCGAUGCACCAACUGAGGCAGUCCGAAGAGUCUUGGAGAAGUACACGGGAAGGACGAUCCCCGUUGGUGAGAAGCUCGAUGCUUCAAGAAUAGCAUCAUGCCGUAUCGGGACCACGGUUACAACAAAUGCCCUCCUGACGGGAAAUGGUGAAAGGUUUGCUUUUGCAACUACCAAAGGCUUCAAAGACGUCUGUGUCAUUGGAGACCAGUCUCGUCCUGAACUAUUCAACCUGGAGAUCCGCAAACCAGCCGCCCUGCACUCUACUGUUGUGGAGAUUGAUGAGAGAAUCACCAUAGAAGACUACGAUCUGAACCCUCACAAGAAAUCAACAGUCAACACAGAGGGCGGUCCGGACUUGGUCAGAACUCCAAGCGGUGAAGUCAUUCGAAUCCUCAAGAGACCCGAUGAAAGAGUCAUUCGGCAGCAGCUCGAAGCCCUGCGCAAACAAGGCUACAUAUCACUCGCAGUAUGCUUCAUGCAUGCCUACCUCUUUCCAGAUCAUGAGAGGAUGGUAGCUCGGAUCGCAAAGGAUGUCGGUUUCAUAUUCGUCACUAUCUCCUCCGAGACCAGCCCACUGAUCAACUUUCUCAGAAGAAGCAACUCCACUUGUUCAGAAGCCUACUUGUACCCCAUCAUCCGACGAUAUGUCGACAAUUUCGAAGCAGGUUUCAGGAUUCCUCCUCAGAGGGUAGACUUCAUGUGCUCUGACGGUGGUCUCAAGCUAUCUGAUAAGUUUCGAGGAAAUGAGGCACUCUUGAGCGGACCAGCUGGUGGUGUUGUGGGUACAGCAAAGUGUUUCGACGUCAAUGAGGGAACACCUCUUAUCGGAUUCGACAUGGGUGGUACAAGCACUGAUGUCUCGAGAUAUGAUGGAAAUUACGAUUUUCUUCAACAGACGACGAUUGCCAGGCGAACUAUCAACCUCUCCAUGCUCAAUAUUGCAACCGUUGCUGCGGGAGGUGGAUCCAUCUUGUUUGCCCGGAACGGACUGUUAGCAGUCGGACCGGAGUCUGCUGGAGCGCACCCUGGUCCUGCAUGCUAUAGAAAGGGAGGCCCUCUGACGGUUACAGAUGCCAAUCUGUUCCUCGGACGGCUUGUUUUUUCCUCAUUCCCUGCCAUCUUUGGACAGUCUGGAGACCAAAAACUGGACAUGGAGAUCGUGACUCGUCGGUUUGAGCAUAUUACGCAGGACUUCAACAGGCAGACGUCUCAGAAUCUCACACCCGAGGAGGUAGCGUCAGGCUUCUUGAACAUAGCGAACGAGACGAUGAGUCGACCUAUUCGAAACGCAACAGAGGCUAGAGGCUUCGCUCCGGAGAGCCACGAUCUCGUGAGCUUUGGCGGUGCAGGUGGCCAGCAUGCCUGCGCUAUUGCUGAUAAGCUCGGCAUAACACGUGUGAUUAUACACAAACUGUCAUCAUUGCUCUCAGCACAUGGUAUCGCGCAUGCAGAGCUUCAGUAUGAGGUAUUCGAGCCGUUCGCAGCAGAGCUUGAUGCAAAAGCCAUGGAAGGCGUGAAAACUCUCUUAUUAACACUGAAGAGCAAGGUAACUGAAGAAUUGGUGUCUCAAAAAGCUGCACCGGAAAGCUUGGUCUUCGAUGAGGCACUUGUGUUGAAGUACUUUGGCACUGACACGAAUCUCUCCAUCUCUAAACCAGCUGAUGGCGACUAUGCCGCAGCGUUCACGGCUAUGCAUCUGCGCGAAUUUGCCUUUUCUAUGGACAGACCUAUAAUUAUCGAAUCUGUUAAAGUUAGGGGUUCAGGAAGCACCAGUGCUCCGAGCCAUGAGACGUCAGCAUCCGAAGAGUUAGCUUCAAGUAAACGGAUGGUGUUCUCCGACUAUACUACGAGGCAGAAGGUAUACCUUGAUGGCUCGUGGCAGGAUACAAGAGUUUUCAGACUGUGUGAUGCUCCCGAGGGAAGUCUUAUCAACGGCCCGGCAAUCAUCAUCGAUGAAACACAGACGAUCUUUGUUGAAUCCCUCUUCAAGGCACAUGUUCUGGUCAACUAUGUUGUGUUGGAAAAGACACUUUCUGAAGAGCAAUCGCCCAACAUUUCUAUUUCACAGACCUUAUCUGCACCCCAAGAAACCAUGAGCCCCAUUCAACUAUCCGUGUUUGCGCACCGUUUCAUGGCCAUCGCCGAGCAAAUGGGCAACACCCUCCAGCGAACAUCCAUCUCAAGCAGCAUAAAAGAACGUCUCGACUUUUCCUGCGCCAUCUUUUCCCCCGAAGGCAAACUCGUCGCCAACGCUCCUCACAUCCCUAUCCACCUCGGAAGUAUGCAAUUUGCCGUCCAAGCUCAGCACCGCCACUGGAACGGAAAGCUCAGGCCCGGAGACGUUCUCCUUACGAACCAUUCCUCUUGGGGUGGGACACAUCUACCUGACUUGACAGUGGUUACACCUGUUUUCGUUGGAGAGCGAAUUGCUUUCUACGUUGCAUCUCGGGGUCAUCAUACCGACAUCGGUGGUAUGGGCAUCACCAGUAUGAUGCCUGAGUCGCGGUCUCUUUGGGAGGAAGGUAUAAUCGUAUCCUCCAUGAAGAUCGUCAGCAGCGGCGAGUUUCUCGAAAGCGAAGUGCGGGCCGCUUUUGAGAAAGUUAGUACUUAUCCUGGCUGCAGCACAACACGCCGUAUACAAGACAACAUCUCAGACCUCAAAGCACAAACCUCAGCAAAUCAACGUGGUAUAACCCUCCUUAAAAACCUAUGUAAUGAGUAUUCGCUAGAGGUGGUGCACAAGUACAUGACGGGCUUUCAAGAUAAUGCAGAGCUGGCAGUGCGGGCGUUCUUUAGGAAGCUGGCUCAUGAGCAUCCGGCUCCUCUUUCAGCGACAGAUUACCUGGAUGACGGGACUGCCAUGAAAGUCAGGAUCAGUAUCGACAAGAACACAGGCAGUGCGAUAUAUGACUUCGCUGGCUCGGGUCCACAGACGUGGGGAAAUUAUAACUGUCCCAUCUCUAUCACUCACUCGGCGAUUAUCUACAGCAUCAGAUGCUUGGUGAAUCUCGACAUUCCCUUGAACGAGGGCUGCCUAGCACCAUGCGAUAUUCGCGUGCCUACUGGCUCUAUCCUUAAUCCCACUCCGACAGUGGCCAUCUGUGGCUCAACACUAGCAAGCCAACGGGUGAUUGAUCUAGUCCUCCGUGCUUUCGGCCGCUUUGGCGCCAGUCAAGGUUGCGCAAAUGCUCUUGGUUGGGGGAUGGGAGGCAAGAAUCUAGUGACGGGUGAAAUUGAACCCGGCUGGAAUUAUGGAGAGUCGAUUGGCGGAGGAGUUGGUGCUGGUGAAGGCUAUAAGGGCGAGAGCGGCGUGCAUGUUCACUCUACAAACACUCGUCAAACCGAUAGUGAAGUGAUAGAAAAGCGCACUGCCGUGCUUGUACGAAGAUAUGGCAUCCGGGAGGGUAGCGGUGGAAACGGUCGUUGGCGUGGAGGCGAUGGCAUCGUUCGGGAAAUUGAGGCCCGUGCAAAUCUCAAGUUCAGCAUUUUGAGUGAUCGGCGAGUGUAUAGACCUUACGGAAUGGCUGGGGGUCACGGCGGCCGACAGGGCAAGAACCUUGCUUUCAAGUUCAACGAGGAUCAUGAGUUGGAAGCAAUUAAUCUGGGUGGCAAGGCAAUUGUGCAUCUUCAGCCUGGAGAGUAUAUCCAGGUCAAUACGCCUGGAGGAGGAGGCUAUGGAACGCCAGGCGAUGAGGAGGUUGACCAAGAGUUUGAUAACUUUCAUAAGGCCUUUACCUAA